UGACAUAAGGAACAUUUUUAUAGUAAUUCUAAGUUUUCACUGCAGCACAGGUAUGUUAUGUCAUAAUGAUUCCUAUCUGACCACUGUCCAGUCCCAGACUGGUACAUGUGUACUAGGAAAGGAUGUCCAGUCAAACACUGGUACAGGUGUGCAUGAAAAUGAUGUCCAGUCAAACACCAGUACAGGUAUGCACGAAAACGAUGUCCAGUCAAACAUCAGCUCACGUGUGCAUGAAAAUGGUGUCCAGUCUGAAAAUAGCACAAGUGUACUAGGAAACGAUGUCCAGUCCGACAACUCUUCAGCUAUACUAGGAAACAAUUUUCAGUACAACUCCAGUACAGGUGCACUAGAAAACGAUGAUCAGCCUGAUUCCAGCACCCUGCCUGACCCCUGUGGUCCAGUUAUGACUUUUGACCUGCUUGGUCCAGUGGGAGAACGUCUUCUUUGUCCCACAUGUGUUAGUGUGUCUUUGAGCGGAGAAUUUGUGGUCAGUGACACUGACAGUUGUUUUGUGGUAAUCUACAGCAGUACAGGACAGUAUCUAAGUCACUUCAGCACCAUCCCAAAGAGGAUGUUUUACAUGUUUCUAGAUCUAGCUAAAUAUCGGCCGCAGGAUGUAGCCUGGCUCUCAUCUAAACGUAUAGUAUACACCCAGCCAGCAGGCUGUCGGGUUAUCAUAGCAGACUGGAAAGGUAAAUCUACAGUGACCAUUGAAGGGAGGCCUCUGUAUGAACCAUAUGGUGUUUGUGUUGACCAGUCAGACAAAAUUUACAUCACUGAUAGGGCUAAGGGGAGAAUACUCUGUUACAACUGCGAUGGUAAACUUAUCAAGAGUUUAGGAGUUUUUGGAUCAAGGGAAGUACUAUGUCGUCCUCAUUAUAUUUGUGUCGCAAAUAAUGGGAAUAUCUGUGUAAAUGAACUGAGUAAAGAUGAGAGUCGUGUACAUGUUUAUUCUAAGAGUGGUACUUCUAGUUGUGUGGUAGCAAAGGGAGAUAAUCACAGCUUGGGGAACAUUGCAGUCGAUUCCGAAGGCUUUGUGUUACAAGUGGAUUUACAGUGUGACCAUUUAGUGAUGUGUUGUCCACCUAAAUUAAAUGGAUACACUUACAAGACCGCAACAGGAGAAGAGGAACACAAAGGCAAAAACAGCCACUUACUGGUCAGUAGGACCCUGACCUCUGACCUCGGUGGCAUAACUUUGACCAACAAUGAUCACCUAGUGUGUAUUGAUCGUAAGGAAAAACAAGUCAAGAAUUACAUUUGGAACAAUCACAAGGAAAAUUUGAUUGCCCUGUAACAUAAGGACUUAAAAAAUGCUAUUUCAUACUACAUCAUUGCAAGAUAUAUUUGAAUAUACAUAUUUUCAUUUUUUCCGAUGAGCAGUGCAGUGAAUCCAACACACAUGUCAGCUUUCAUGAAAAUUUUUCCAUCUAUUAUCAUUCGUUAUAUUUUAAAUAGAGAUUUAAUUUAUUCAACUUUAUACUGACUGAACUACAGUAAUAUAUACCAUGUGAGCAAUCAUCCAUGAACACCCAGUGUCAGUGAACCCUCAGUGUCCAUGAACACCCAGUGUCAGUGAACCCUCAGUGUCCAUGAACACCCAGUGUCAGUGAAACCUCAGUGUCCGUAAAUGCCCAGUGUCUGGUAACCCUCAGUGUCCAUGAACACCCACUGUCAGUGAACCCUCAGUGUCAGUGAAUGCCCAGUGUCAGUGAACUCUCAGUGUCCAUGAACACCCAAAGUCAGUGAACCCUCAGUGUCCAUAUGAACCCCUAGUAUCAUGA